UGUGUCCAGCAUGUGUUUCCAGCAGUAGUAUUGUUUUCUAAUGUUUUAGCGACAUUAUAUAAUGCUUGUCUCGCAUUGCCAGACCUUACAGCGCUGCGUGUUUAGAGCUAAUGAUUGACAUGUCUUGCUAGGCUAACUUCAAUUCGGCAGAGCUGAGAAAAGGAGAUAUAUUAAUGUUAGCAGUAUUUGACUCACAGCCCCGAUACUAACACAGUUGCUAACUUCUUUUGUGUAUGACUGUCGACGUCUUACAUGUAAUUUGGGCUUCAAACUCCAGCAGGAGAUUCAUCGGUCAUUUCACUCAACCUAUAGAGUCCGAUAAAUUCAGAAAAUGGUCGUGAAAUGCGACAGGAAAAGACAACUCCUAAGAUCCCACCUACUGAUACUGCAGCACCUAACUGACACAGAAUCAUACAACAAAGAGGUGGCAUGGCGUCUCGCUUCCUCAAGUACGCAGUGCUUCUUCAGAAGUACAGGACUCCGCUGAUGAUUGCGAGCUGUGGUGGGGUCUUUGCUGCCAACAUGUUCCACCAUGUCCUCCCUGAAGUGUCCUACCGUCCACUCUAUCAGGCCUGGUUCAAAGGAGAACCGGUCACGCUGUCUGAAAAGCUUGAGGAGGUUUUCCAGCAGGUGCUGAAGGAUUAUGGUGUCAGCUCCCCCAAGAAUUUCUCUGCCUUCGCUUCCUUUGGGUUCCAUCCGGUUGGUGCUGGUGUCCCUUGGCUUUCAAGGGCCCAAAUUGGCAUCCCAGCAAACUUUAACAGCAAGUCCGAUGAUCCAAGCGGAAUCACCAACCGCACCAUUUUCAUCAACGGCAAAGCGGUGGAUUGGAGCAGCGAAACUGGCUCAGCGCUCCAGGAGGCUCUGGUGUUUUCCCUUGAGGCACAGAAGUUUGCCAUAGCACGAGAAGUGGCCCGCUUGCAGUCCGGAGGACCUGUGAUAAAUGCUGCCGUUGCCCCGUUCUGCCUGGGUGGGGUUUGGGUGUACAGCGUGCUAAUGAAGCAGUUGUUUGGGCUCCACGCCGGGCCUCCACUACUUCGCGGGGGUGUGAACAUUCUGGCGCUGGGGCUCGGCGCCGUGUCCUACUUCCUCACCUCGGAUGCCGUCAGCCAGUGGAUUGACUAUAGCUCAGACCGGCGAGCGGCAGGAGUGUCCCGUGAUUAUGCCAAAGGAGGGGUGGAGUUUUACGAUAAGAUUCUGUCCAGAAACAAGACACUGCGCACCCUGAUGGGACAGAAGGGAGAGGAGAUGUAUGCUCCGAGUGGUAACUUGUUUCCUGCUCACCUCCUUAAGAUGAAACACACACCGUACACAUCUAGGAGGGAAGGGAUCCUCACUCUGCUGAGACAGGAAAAAGCUUGAAAAGAAUUCAGGGGGGUGGAUGGGGUGGGUGUUGAGAAUUAAAGUUGAUGUCAUCUGAACCUAUAAUGAUAAAUUAAGUUGUGCUUAUAUUUAUAUAAACUGUUGAAAAAUAGCAAAGUUCCUGAGCAUUUUUGAGAACAAAAUACCACGGGCAAAAGAAUUAAAAUAUACAAACUGAAUUAAGUAAUAAGUCCAUUAUGGAGGAAAAUAUGUUGGAUUGUUAUGAUGGAAUGGACAGACUAGCGCUUAUACUAUCUGUACUACUUAUUAAAAUGAAGACAAACUUUA